GCGGGCCCUCGGAGCCUAGUCUUCCUCUACAGAGCGGGCCCCGAGUCCCGCGGCCACAGCCGCGUCUCCUGACGGCUGGGCCACCAGCCGGGGCUCGGGCAGAGGCCCGGGCCCCCGGACAUGGCCCUCCGAUGUGAGCAGGGCGACGGCCCUACCUGCAGCCCCUGGGACGGUGGUACCCAGAAGACAGACUUCAACACCAAAAGGAAAAAGAAAGUGGCAGAGAUCUACCAGGCUCUGAACAGUGAUCCCACUGAUGUGGCUGCCCUUAGACGCAUGGCUAUCAGUGAAGGAGGACUCCUGACCGAUGAGAUCAGACAAAAAGUGUGGCCCAAGCUCCUCAAUGUCAACACCAGUGAUCCAUCACCUGCACCAGGAAAGGACCUACGGCAGGUGAGCAAGGACUACCAACAAGUGCUGCUGGAUGUCAGGCGGUCCCUACGGCGCUUCCCCCCUGGCAUGCCAGAUGAACAGAGGGAAGGGCUCCAGGAAGAGCUCAUCGACAUCAUCCUCCUCAUCUUGGAGCGGAACCCUCAGUUGCACUACUACCAGGGCUACCAUGACAUCGUGGUCACAUUUCUGCUGGUGGUAGGCGAGAAGCUGGCAACAUCCCUGGUAGAAAAAUUAUCUACCCACCACCUCAGGGAUUUCAUGGAUUCCACAAUGGACAACACCAAGCACAUAUUAAACUACCUGAUGCCCAUCAUUGACCAGGUGAAUCCAGAACUCCAUGACUUCAUGCAGAGUGCUGAAGUGGGGACCAUCUUUGCCCUCAGCUGGCUCAUCACCUGGUUUGGGCAUGUCCUGUCUGACUUCAAGCACGUGGUGCGGUUAUAUGACUUCUUCCUGGCCUGUCACCCGCUGAUGCCCAUUUACUUUGCAGCUGUGAUUGUGUUAUACCGUGAGCAGGAAGUCCUGGACUGUGACUGUGACAUGGCCUCGGUCCACCACCUGUUGUCCCAGAUCCCUCAGGACCUGCCCUAUGAGACACUGAUCAGCAGGGCAGGGGACCUCUUUGUUCAGUUUCCCCCUUCUGAGCUCACACGAGAGGCAGCUGCCCAGCAACAGGCUGAGAGAACGGCAGCCUCUACCUUCAAAGACUUUGAGCUGGCGUCAGCCCAGCAGAGGCCGGACAUGGUGCUUCGGCAGCGGUUUCGGGGACUUCUGCGCCCAGAGGCUCGAACAAAGGAUGUCCUGACCAAACCAAGGACCAACCGCUUUGUGAAACUGGCAGUGAUGGGGCUGACGGUGGCACUUGGAGCAGCUGCAUUGGCAGUGGUGAAGAGUGCCCUGGAGUGGGCCCCGAAGUUCCAGCUGCAGCUGUUCCCCUGAAUUCACCCACAGGGGCCACUUCUGCUCACAGUCAGUCCUUGCCCUUCCAUGGAAGGACUGAGAGGGAGGAAUUUCCUUGAUUAAAAGGUUUUCAUCUAAGGGUGUUCUGUCUCUGACACCCUUUCCUGCCUGUGUUGGCCUUGGCUUGGGGGCAGUAGCAGAGCUGGCUGACACUGCAGGGCCCAGGGCCUGGGCACAGCACUCGGCACACUGGAGCUCCGCUCUGUCACCUCCCUGCCUAUUGUAGGAUGUGGGUUCUUUAGCUCCCAGCUGUUUGAGGGCGUCUGGGCCUAGGCUUCUCCCUUCUCUGGGGUGCCCACAGGAAGGAAGGGGCCACUGCUAAAGAAGUCGGGCCUCAGAAUGAAACUGAGAGGGCAGAGGAUUCCAGCCUGGGACCCGAAUGGGUCUUCUCAGUGGCAUCUCUAUUAGCUGGUCAGAAAUCAGACAUGAACUAGAUUACUGGAUAAAUCCUAUCUAGCUUCACCCUAGAAAUCAGGUGGGCAUUUCCAGUACAGCAGAAAGGAGUAUUUCUGGACUGGUUUCUCUGCCUUCCGUGCCCCACCCCCAUUCUCUUGUACAAGAGAUAGUAUUUGUAGAAGACAUUUAUUAAUAUUUUUAGAAUCAUAUACACCUAAUAUGUAAGAAUGGUCCUCAUCAGGAUAAGCAGCUAAGCUCCUGAAGUUUAUUUUCUACUCAGCUCUUUUAACAUUUCACAUUUGCCAGAGUUGCUGUUUAUAAACAGCCCCACACUUCCAAAGUGCCCACCUCCUCACUGCCUUUCCUUCCUUCCCAUUUACCACAAAUCUCCCUUCUCCUCCCAGCUAGGCCCCACUCUGCCUUGUCAUUGUCUUGGUUUGAUUUGUCUCAACAGCUGGUCUCUCUGCCUCGUUGGAAAUGUCAGUGGAAACUUCUGGGCCCCAGAAAGGGACACAGCACAGCCUGAAGAUUGUGGCAGGAGCCAGCAACAGCUGGUCUUGCCCCAGGCUUCUCUGAGGACCUGCAGGGCUUGGGAGCAAGGGGAAGUCUCAGGCCUGGGACAGCUUUCCUGUAAGCAAAGCCAGGUUGGUUUUAUGUUAACUUUGGCUUGAAAAUAGUGCCUUUUGCUGCUUUAAAGAAUGGAGUACAGUAUAAAGCAGCCACGUACUUUCAUCCUUCUGGUCUUUCUGGCACUGUUCUCUCUCGGUGGGCGACUUCUCCAAGUGGACAUGCUGGAAGGAUUGCACCCCACGCCCCAUGUGCCCAUGUCAGGGUGGGUGGCCAGUGCUCCACAGAGGUGUCGAGUGUUAAACUAAGCACUUUAAACUCAGACAAGCUCACAGUAGGCAAUACCCACAGCAGGAGCCCCACCUGAGGGGAGUGCAACCUAGGUGGAUUAACUCAGUGGCAGACUCAUCAGGACAACAGAAAAUUCUCCCAGGAUCCAGAGGUGACAAGGUGGCAGAUGUCCCAUCUUUUCCCCCAGCAAGUUUGUUCUUGUCUCUACAAAGGAUGCAGCUUCUGCUCCUCUGGCCACAAGCACUUGAGUGUGCUUGUAAAUCUGAAGGAAUCAUGGCAGGGGAAGGGAAACUGUGUGUGACCAGGGUCCUAGGGCCACAACUCCUUAGAUCCCCAAAGCAAGUGAUGUUUGCUUGUGUUGGGGCCCAAAAAGAAAAUUCAUGUAGCUUUGCUCACACCAGUAUUCUCUGCCACUGAAAAGAAAGCAUCUAUUUACCUUCAGGUGAUUUACUUAUUCUGUAAAAAAUAUGUGUAAAUAUUUUGUACAGAGCCUGAUAUGAAAUAAACAGCCAUAAGUGGUUACAAAUCGCA